AUGGCUUCCGCCAUCUCCCGCAGGGGGCCUCACCUCGAGGAGGUCGCGACUGCGCAGAAAGAUGCCCCAGAGAUACCCCACGUCAACUGGAGAAAAGAUCCCCAGAUGCGCAAGUUGUACUUCUACGCGGCCAUCAUUUGUGUUGCGUCCGCUACAAACGGUUACGAUGGAGCCAUGUUCAACUCUCUUCAAAUCAUGCCAGCAUGGCAGAAAACAUUCAGCGAGCCGACGGGUUCGUCACUGGGCCUUCUGACAGCCAUGUACUCCAUCGGCAGCAUCGCUUCCCUCCCUGUGGCACCCUUCAUUUCAGACCGCUACGGUAGAAAAGCAGCCAUCAUAGUCGGUUGUGUCAUCAUGAUUGCUGCGGCUGCCAUCCAAGCCGCUGCGAAUGGGCAGCCGCAGUUUGAAGGCGCCAGAUUUUUCAUGGGCUUUGGAUCCUCCCUGACGCAGCUGUCUUCGCCGCUGCUCUUGACUGAGAUUUGUCACCCCCAGCACCGAGGCAGAGUUACAGCCAUUUAUAACUGUCUCUACAACGUUGGAGCUCUGUUAAAUUCGUGGAUCUCGUUUGGCACAAAUCACAUAAGGAGUAACUGGUCAUGGCGCAUCCCGACGCUGCUGCAGGCACUGCCUUCACUUAUUCAAAUCACAUUUAUCUGGUUCUGUCCCGAAUCUCCGCGAUGGCUUAUGUCGAAGGAUCGUCACGAGGAAGCACUCAAUAUGCUGGGCAAGUAUCAUGCGAAUGGCAACACUCACGACCCUACUGUGGAAUUUGAAUACGCCGAAAUCAAGGAGACUCUUCGGUUGGAGUUUCUGUACAAGAAAAGCUCCAGCUAUUUGGACUUUAUGAAAACGCCAGGAAAUCGCUACAGGCUGGCAAUCAUCAUCUCAUUGGGAACGGGCUUAAUUGCCUACUACUCUUCGACUAUUUACAAAUCCGUCGGUAUCGUUCAGCCAAGCACGCAGCUUGGCCUCGACGCCGGCCUCAAGAUGCUCAAGCUCAUAAUCUCCAUCUCCUGCGCGCUCUUAGUUGAUCGCGUUGGUCGUCGACCGCUCUUCCUGGCAGCCACAGCCGGCAUGAUGCUGUUCUUUGUCGCCCUCACCAUUACCGGGAACCAGUAUAGCAAUCACCCUUCUGAUUCACUGGGCAUAGGCUUCGUUCUGUGCUUCUGGCUCCAUGGCUGCGCGUACGCACUGGCCUGGUCGGGGCUCCUAGUCGCUUACACCGUUGAAAUAUUGCCGUUUAAACUUCGCGCAAAGGGUAUCAUGGUUAUGAACGUUGCCGUUCAGGCCGCCCUCGUUAUCAACAACUACGUGAACCCGCUUGCCAUUAGCAAGGGUGGACCGUGGCAGCAUGAUCCCUGGAAGCUGUACUGUAUCUACACGGCUUGGAUUGCCCUUGAGCUUGUAUUUGUGUACUUUGUGUACCCCGAGACACGUGGCCCGACGCUCGAAGAAAUCGCCAGGAUUUUUGAUGGCGAGAAUGCAGAAAUCGGUACUAGUGAGGUAAAGAGCGAUGAAGGGUUGAAGCUCCAUCGUAGCCCUUCUUCGUCGCGGUCGGUCCAUGUAAAUGUUGAAAAGUCUGACAGCCCUGUUCAAGUCUCCCAUAAAGGCUAA